AUGCAUGAUCUGCUGUGUUUCUUGAAUGAUAACAUUGUAGUUCGAGAGUAUCUCUACUUAACACAUGAUAUUCAAUCCGCCUCUGGUCCAAGACUCCAAGUUCAUUGGGUCCAAGACUCCAAGUUCAAGUUCAUCCAAUCCAGAACUUCCGGGUUCGCCAGAUUCGCCGUCAAUCCUCCCUUCCGUCUCGAGCCCUCCGAGCGGCCGGCUGAAACAUUAGCAACCGGUGUCGGAUUUGGACUAGGUCCGCCUUCAGCAUCCGGCGACAUCGAUUCUCUGUCGGAGCCCGACGAGAAAGAAGCCUUCGUGUCCUUUAACUCGGAGGCGGGAGGUAAAACAGCGGCGUCUUGCGGGGACGCGGUGCCGAUCGGCGUUUUCGAGGUAUUGGGAGGGGAGGAAGGUCUCGAAGCCUUCGUGUCCUUUAACUCGGAGGCGGGAGAAACUACAUUAUGCCGGCACAGGGACGAUUUAGAAUCAGAUUCAAGAAAAUGGAAAUCUAAAAGCAAAAACAUUAUCAAGUUAACUAAAGAUGUACGAAGGAAGGCAAGCAAAACCCAGAGCAAUUUCCAAGCAUUCAGCACUAAUUAUCUACAGCACUAUGAGCAGGAGCAUGAAACAUAA